AAAAUGUACACGUCGCACUUCAACGCCGAGCCAAAAGUCCCGUGUCCUCUACCGAGUAAACGGACUCUCAAAAUCCACUUCAAAAUUUAUAUACCCUAAAAUCUUGUCUCCCAAAACCUGAGAUUUUGAUUUUCUCCAAUUCCAAAUUUCCAAUUCUUUCAAAAUACAACAAGUGAAUCUGUAAUUUAUACACACACUUUUAUGCAUAAAAAUUCUGUAAUUUUUUUGGGGGCAGAUCAUUAGAAAUCGGAAUCUGAGAGAUGGACAUUGAGCAAAAGCAAGCGGAGCACAUAGAUUACUUUGUGAAGCAGGCGUCGAAUCUCAAGGGUUCCGCCCUCAGAAACGUCAUUGUUGAGGCCACUUCCCACCCAUCUCUUUUUGCUUUCGCUGAGAUUCUCUCUGUCCCUAACAUCCUUGAGCUCCAAGGAACUGAGAAUGCGGUCUUUCUUGAUUUGCUUCGUGUGUUUGCACAUGGUACAUGGAGUGAAUAUAAGAGUGUUGCCAGCCGUCUUCCACCAUUGGUUCCUGAUCAAGUCCUCAAGUUGAAGCAACUGACUGUGCUUACCCUGGCUGAGACAAAUAAGGUAUUGGCUUACGAUGUAUUGAUACAGGAAUUAGAUGUUACAAAUGUUCGUGAGUUAGAAGAUUUUCUCAUCAAUGACUGCAUGUAUGUGGGGAUAGUCAGAGGGAAGCUUGAUCAGUUGCGGAGAUGUUUUGAGGUGCAAUUUGCGGCAGGGAGGGAUCCAAGGCCAGGGCAAUUGGGAAGUAUGAUACAGACAAUAGCUAACUGGUUGUCUACGUCAGACAAUCUACUCGUCUCAAUUCAAGAGAAGAUCAAGUGGGCAGAUAAUAUGAGUGAAAUGGACAAGAAGCACAGAAAGGAAGUAGAAGAAAGGGUGGAAGAAGUGAAGAAGACACUAUCCUUCAAGAAGCUCCAAACUGUAAGCAGGCCGACACCGAGUUCCGAGGGCACGAGGAGAUCUUCUCUGAACAUAGCGGAGUGAUGGACUACGAGGAAGAUAGAAGUCGGCCAAAGAGGAGACGACACCCCCUAGGUUGAGGAUAUAGAUUAAAAAGAGAUCAUAGGAUGCAUCAGUCAGACAACUGGCCCUUUUUUUUUUUUUUUU